GGAAAGGUGAUGAGUCAGGUAGAUGUGUGUCUGCGUGUGUGUGUGUAAGGGCAAGAGAAGGGACAGGUUUAGUGAUAGCCUCGUUGAGGGAAACACUGGCUGUCUGCAUCGAGCAGACAGUCAAAUGUACGAUAUUAUCUGGUUCUGCAUCGGAGGAAGAAAACCACAUCACAUCUAGUUCUUAUCAGGGAAUUAGUCAUAUAUCAUCUGCUUUUACUCUGCUCUUCUUUUUUGCUAUCUGGUUUUCUCUGCUCUCAUUUUCUUUGCUUCUCAUCUGUUGCAUCUCACACAUCCCUUCAUCCCUUCCUCCUCACCUUUCGACUGUGUCACCAUGGAUAUUGGUGGCCUGACGACAGUGGUGGCCAACUCUGCCUACAUCUCGGCCCGCGGGAGCAUUGAUGGCACUGCCAACCCUGCAUCCAACCGAGACAAGAAGUACCACUCCCGCCUCAAGCUGCCUCAUAUCACUGUGUGUGAAGGCCUGCGGGAGACUUUAGACCUGGGCUUCCAGACAGUCUGUGUGGAGCAGCCCAUCGGAAAACGACUCUUCCAGGAGUUCCUAGACUCCAACAAUGAGUACAAAGGCCCCUGCCGCCUGUGGAAGGAUAUUGAGGAAUACAACAUGGCAGAGGAUGAACUUCGAGCCCUGAAAGCGAGCAAGAUCAUGUCCCGGUACAUGGAGCCUGGUGCCAAGUAUUUCUGCCCAUUCCUGCCAGAGAAUGGCAUCACAAAAGUCAAAGAGAAACACCAAGAGGCUGGGGAUGAUCUUUUCACUGAGACCAUGGACAACGUGAUGGACUUUCUCAAGGAGGUACCCUAUACCUUCUUCCUGGAGAGUAUGUAUCUGAAAAGGUUUCUGCAGUGGAAGUGGUUAGAGAUGCAGCCCGUAGAAGAGGAUUGGUUUGUGGAUUUUCGCAUAUUGGGUAAAGGGGGUUUUGGGGAAGUGUCUGCCUGUCAAAUGAAAGCCACGGGGAAACUGUAUGCCUGCAAAAAGCUCAACAAGAAGAGGCUGAAGAAGAGAAAAGGCAAUGAGGGGGCGAUGGUGGAGAAGAGGGUCCUGGCUCGAGUUCACAGCAGGUUCAUUGUCUCUUUGGCCUAUGCCUUCCAGUCAAGAACAGAGUUGUGUCUGGUCAUGACCAUCAUGAACGGAGGAGACCUGAGGUAUCACCUUUAUAACGUGGAUGAGAAUAACCCGGGGUUUGACGAGCCACGGUCCUGUUACUAUGCUGCUCAGAUCAUCCAGGGCCUGGAGCACCUCCACCAGAAGAGGAUCAUCUACAGGGACCUCAAACCAGAGAAUGUGCUGCUGGAUAAUCAAGGUAACGUCCGUAUCUCUGACCUUGGUCUGGCUGUGGAGCUGGCUGAUGAUCAGUUGAAAACCAAGGGCUACGCUGGGACUCCAGGUUUCAUGGCUCCAGAGCUGCUGAAAGGAGAGGAGUACGACUACUCUGUAGAUUAUUUCACUCUGGGGGUCACUCUGUAUGAGUUUAUGGCUGCCAGGGGACCGUUCAGGACCCGAGGAGAGAAGGUGGAGAACAAAGUGGUAAAGAAGCGGAUCCUGAAUGAUACAGUCAUGUAUCCAGAGAAGUUCAGCGAGAACGCCCGGUCCAUCUGCGAAGGUCUGCUGUUCAAAGAGGUCGACAAGAGGCUCGGCUUCAAGAACGGAUCAUGUGACGAGCUCAGGGCGCAUCCCUUCUUCAGUGAGAUCAACUGGAGGAAACUGAAUGCAGGGAUCCUUACACCCCCUUUCGUGCCAGACUCUAAGACAGUUUAUGCCAAGAACAUUGACGACGUCGGGGCCUUCUCCACGGUGAAAGGCGUGCAGGUGGACAACAAGGACAAUGCGUUUUUUGAUGAGUUUGCCUCGGGUAACAUCUCCAUCCCCUGGCAGGAGGAGAUGAUCGAGAUGGGGAUCUACGAUGAGCUCACGGUCUGGGGAGCCAAGGGCACUUUGCCCAACGACCUACGACGAGAAUCCAUCCUGGAGCAGCCGCCCAAGUCCUCCACCUGCACGGUGUCAUAAGAGGCUACGAUGCAUGGAGGAUUUUACAUGAACUGUUUGCUUAUCGGUCAAUCAAACUUUAUUUUUUAAGCACUUUUCAUACGAGAUUUUAGGUUAGUGAUGUACUUGAAGGGCAAUGAACUUUAUUGAUGUUGAUGAUGAAGUAUUUUUUUAUUAGCAGUGCAGCUCUGGUAGUUUUUUUGCUCUCUCAGAUAUCUUUUAUACGCCAAAUACAUUUAGGCCCCAUGACACACACACAUACCUCUGAACACAGUCUGUGUAUCCACCUUGUUCGUCUUCAGUGUGUUAUAAUCGUUCUGCAGCUUCAGAAGUGUAAAUACGCUUGUAUCCAUUGCUGCAGAGAUGAUUAUGAAUUUAAAUAAAUAUUUUGCUAUAAAAAUCAGCACGUUUUGCAUGAAACUGACACAUAAACAA